AUGCCAAUACAGGCACCACAGUGGACUGAAUUUCUUUCUUGUCCAGUUUGCUGUCACGAUUUUGACUCAACAGCUCGUGGACCAAUAUCACUAGGAUGUGGACAUACUAUUUGCCGGACGUGUCUCGCUAAUUUGCACCGCAAACAGUGUCCAUUCGACCAGAGUACUAUUAAUACAGAGAUAGAAAUAUUACCAUUAAAUGAAGCGCUGCUACAAUUAGUUGGCAACACAGUUCCUCCAGACAAUUAUAUCCAUCAGACUUUAGUCUUACCCGAAAACCAUGGAGAUUAUUUAAUCGCUAAAAGAUGUAUCGAAGAGCUAGCUCUUUAUUUGAAACCAUGUCAAACAAUACCAGCCAAUGGGACAGGCAUGGGUCUUGUGUCACGACCAAUGCAACGAAAACUCGUGACAUUGGUUGGCUGUCAACUGGUAGAGCCAGAAGGUCGAGCACGGGCAGUAAGAGCAGCACGAAGCUUGGGCGAGCGUUCGGUAACUGAACUAAUUCUCCAGCAUCAGAAUUCACAGCAACUGAGCGCUAAUUUAUGGGCAGCAGUUCGCGCUCGUGGUUGUCAAUUCUUAGGGCCGGCGAUGCAGGAAGAAGUGCUGAAGCUAGUGCUGCUCGCUUUAGAAGAUGGCUCCGCAAUGUCGCGCAAGGUUCUGGUGAUGUUUGUAGUCCAGAGAUUAGAGCCGCAUUUUCCUCAAGCUUCCAAAACGAGCAUUGGACAUGUAGUGCAGCUUCUGUAUCGUGCUAGCUGCUUUAAAGUAUCCAAACGUGAAGGAGAUUCCUCGUUGAUGCAGCUGAAAGAAGAAUUCAGAACUUAUGAAGCCCUCAGACGUGAACACGACGCUCAGAUUGUCCAAAUAGCUACCGAAGCAGGGCUGAGAAUAGCUCCAGAUCAGUGGUCUGCUCUAUUGUACGGUGAUACUGGUCAUAAAUCACACAUGCAAAGUAUAAUAGACAAGCUCCAAACUCCUCAAUCGUUUGCUCAAAGCGUCCAGGAGUUAAUGAUUGCUCUUCAACGGACUCCAGAUCCCGGUCAGUUGAGUAGCCUAAGACCACAGCUAGAGUUACUCGCUGGCAUUGAUCCCAGUCCUGAAACCGAGUAUCCGAAUUGGGCGUCAACUCGUGCAGCGCUUGAAGCUGUCACGGCUGUUGUCACGACUCUUGUUGACUAUAUUCAGAAACAUGGAAAUCGAAAGUCCCAAGAGACAAUUCAUAACACUGGUCCAGGACAGAUGAAGUAUAAAAUCAGUAUGUGUCGUGAUUUAACUCUACGCGGUUCGUGUCCACGUGCUACUAAUUGUACAUUUGCUCACAGUGAUUUAGAACUCGAUAAAUAUCGUUCAAAGCAUCGUAAGCUUAGCAUGCGUUCCAAUUUGGCUUUAUCAGGUAGUCCAGAUCAUAAAAUAGGUAUUGACAACAAACCUGGUGUAAUUUCACCGAUUCAGAUUCAAACUAAAUCAUACAAUCAACUUGGUGAUUCUAAUUUUCCAGCUAAAAUAAAUGAUACUCACUGUGAAAACUUUUAUAACAUAGGCUCUGUUAAUUCAGUAAAUUGUUUACAAUAUCCGUUAAUAAAUAACGAAAAUUAUAUAAGUAACUACGUGUUACCAAAUUCAGAGCAAUGUCAGCAAGUUACUGACAAAACUAUCGAUCGAGAGUGUCCGCCGCAUUACAUUGUGCAAACACCUAUUGACUAUUCUAGUGUCAAUGUUCAUAUGUGGGACGCACUACAAGUACCCGGUUUUGGUGAAAAUGUUUAUCAAAAUAAUAACAAUAAUAACAGCAACAACAACAACAACAACAACAACAACAACAACAACAACAAUAAUAAUAACAACAAAAAACAAAAAUCAGUUGCUAAAACUCUGGCAUUGUUAUUGCAACGCAGAAUAGAAAUUAUAAAUCAGUUGGAAAAUAUUUUAGGCAAACCUGCUAAUCAGCAGCAGCUAAAAAUUAAUUAUGAGUUACAAGAUACAAUAAUGCCGCAUUAUUCUACUUGGACAAACGCUGCUCCUUUGUCACAGACAACGCCUCAACAAAUAAAUUACGGAAAUAAUUUUCAUCGAUCUGACUCGAUAUUAUUUGACGAUGAAUUCAUUCCAUUUGAUACAUCUGCUGCUAAUAAAUACGGACCUAUCUCCAGGAUAUCCAAGUCAAUAUUGAGGCCGACUAAUGGUUCACAACACAAUACUAUGUAUAAUGAGACUAUUACUCCUUCAAUACAAACUAUUAGACCAAUAUCUACUGCUAAUUCUACUGGACCUUGGUACUACAAUCAACCUUAUGGAACAACUGUAGGAACAAAUAGUGAAACACCAACAAUACAAAAAUCGAAUUUAAGCGAAGCUUAUGUUACUUUGGGGCCUUGUAAAUUAUCCGAGUCCUCCUCUCCACACAUUCAAUUAACUCGUCACGAAAAUCCGCCUAAAGAUCUAAUUAUAGAGUCUCAAAAGGUCAAGCAGCAAUUAAAGCAUUUGGAGAAAAAAAUAAAUGACUUGAAGUUAGCGACUCAAGGAGCAGCAUUUAAUGAGGGUGAUAGACUGGCACAAGAACUGCAAAUUAUUGAAGCGGGCAUUAGAGAAAAAGAAAAGGAUGUGCGUAAUUGGAAUCCUUAUUACAAUCUACCAAGUGUGCAACCAGUUAACUAUGUAUCUGAUCAAACAAUUGAUCAGCCUGUAAAUAAUCCCAUGAAAGAUGAAGACUCGUAUGAAGCAGACAUAGCUAAUGACAUCCGCGAGCUAGAAAUUCGAUGGGAUUACGAACUGCAAGAACAAGAAAAACGUUGGUCUAACGAAGACGAUAACGUAAAAAAAUUAUAG